AUGGAACAAAAUACAAGUCCCAUGACCUCAACAAUCCCUGACUCUCGAACAAAAGCGCGGGGUGAUAAAUUCAAUGCCGAGGUUAACUGCGCAUGGCCACACGUGACCAACGAUGCUGCCACUGAGUCUCUAGAUGAGCUUGCCAAAAGGAAUGUAGCUCCUUUCCUUGCAGAACAUCAACCUCGACAAUAUGCGCCUCUCCGAUCUAAAGAUGGUGAACCCACAGUGCCACGUAUAGUCAACUCGGAAUACUGCUAUCGCCACCAACCGGAUUCCAAGUGCAGGCCGGAUGAGCAAUCAAUGCGCAAUUUACAACAGGACUUGAAUGGUCUCCCAGAGAGUGACCAGAAGGGUAUUUCUCAUGUUUGGUCAAUGUUCUCUGCCGCCCCCGCCAAACAACGCACUUUGAUGCUACAGGGAAUCCUCGCACAGUGCUGUUUCCCUCAACUUUCCUUCCUCUCUGCCAGCGUCCGUGAAUUGAUCCGAAUCGAUUUCCUCAGCGCUCUGCCCCCGGAGCUUUCCUUCAAAAUUCUCCAACACCUCGAUACUGCUUCCCUCUGUCGCGUCGCGCAGGUCUCCCAUCGCUGGAGAGCGCUUGCCGACGAUGAUGUGGUUUGGCACCGAAUGUGUGAACAACACAUUCGCCGCAAGUGUAAUAAGUGUGGAUGGGGUCUUCCUCUUCUCGAUCGCAAGCGUUUGCGUGAAGCGAAACGCGAAAUCGAACUUCGAGCAACCAAUUGGAGCAGUGAUUUGGCUGCAGGAGUUCCGGAGGGCGCUCCCAAUGAAACUUGCUCUGAUAUGAAUCCCAUUGUCGGUAAUAAACGCAAGGUUGAGCCUGAGGAUGAUGACCAGAGUAGCGCUAUGAUCAAGCGCCACUGUCUUGCAGCAGCUUACCGCUCAGAGCCAGACGAGGAAGACUAUUUCAAAACUCGCUACCGCCCCUGGAAGGAGGUUUAUCGCGACCGGUUCAUUGUCGGGUUGAACUGGAAGCAUCGUCGUUGUUCGGUCAAACUUUUCAGAGGCCACACUGACAGUGUGAUGUGUCUUCAGUUUGAAGAUAACAUUUUGAUGACGGGUUCUUACGACGCCACAGUCAAGAUCUGGGACUUGGAAACUGGCGAUGAGCUACGUACGCUCCGUGGACACACCGCGGGUGUACGCUGCCUCCAGUUUGAUGACACCAAAUUGAUCACAGGCAGUCUAGAUCGAAGCAUCAGAGUAUGGAACUGGCGUACUGGAGAAUGUAUCUCCAAGUACAAUGGCCACAGUGAAGCGGUGAUCGCCCUUCACUUUGACUCAACCCUCCUUGCAUCUGCCUCUGUGGACAGAACAGUAAAAAUCUGGAACUUCAAGGACAAGUCCAAGUUUGCACUGACGCAUCCCGAGGGUGUCAAUGCAGUCAAGAUUGAUACUGCUUCUCGUACCGUCUUGACUGCCUGUGAUGAUGGUGCAGCUCGUCUAUGGGAUCUCGACACCAAGACUUGCAUCCGAGUUUUCCAUAACCACAUCGGUGCUGUCCAGCAAGUCAUUGCUUUACCACGUGAAAUUGAAAUUGAAAGUCACCUGGCAGACUGCGAGACGGAUCAUUUGAGCUCAUCCUCCGUAAACGGCGAUGCUCCAAUUCAUACUCUUUCUCCCUUCCUCGAGCACAAAUCUUUAUCCGUGCAACCUUCGUCCUUUGGCUCAUCCUUUGAUCAGGACAAGGAUCGUUUGGACCCACCUCGGUAUAUCAUGACCAGUGGUGUUGAUGCUACUAUUCGACUUUGGGAAACCAACACAGGUCGAUGCCUGCGCACAUUCUUCGGGCAUCUAGAGGGUAUCUGGGCUCUAUCAGCCGAUACUCUACGCAUUGCCACGGGCGGGUUGGACCGUAUGGUAAAAAUCUGGGAUCCCCGCAUCCCUACCUGUCAAGACACCUAUGAAGGCCACUCUGCGGCAGUCAACUGCAUCGGACUAAGUGACAGUCGCUUCAUCACCGGCAGUGACGACUACCAUGUCCGCAUGUACGACUUUCGGGCCUAA